GAGUUUCUUUUAUCACCAUGCUGUAAGUGAAAUGGUUGCCCGUAAAAAGUCCAAACGGAAGUCAUCAUGGUUUACUUCUGGAAGUCAACAGUCUAAAAAGACAAUGGAGGAGGAGAAAGAAAGUAUAGCAAAAACGACAGAAGAUGACGCUUGUUGUAUCAUCGAUGACAGUGAUGUCAAAUUGGAGGGGGAUGCAUGCUAGAACUUAGGUAUUUAUUUCCGAGGAUAAGAACCCCCUAUCUGACUUUGAUACAGGCAAUCCCUAUAUUGACCUUGAACAACAAAAACAAAAGACUUCAUGCAUAAAAAACAAUAUGGUACACAACUUUUGCUUAUAAUCUGUUGUAUCUAUGGAUUAAAAGCUUUCAGCCAGACAAUAUACAUAUUAAUGUAGAAGACUACAGUGUAAAAUAUUGUGACAAGUUGAGACUUUGUGAGCAUCAACAUGAUGUCGGGUCCGACAUUAACACACAGUGGUACGGCCGGUGGAGGUGAAGCCAUGGCAAAAACAUUCUGUGCAGUGCAAGGAUGUGCAAAUUCCUGUGGAUUGAUGAGGAAGAAACGAGAAGGAUUUUGUGAUGUGCACAAAGGCCAGCCACGUGACAUUUGUCCAUGUCCUAUCCCAGAACCACUCUUCCCCUUUCCUAUAGAUGAAAACCAGCGUAGGAUCUGGAUGCAGAAAGUACACUUAGCUGAGGAGUUGUUAACCUCCAGACUCCGGGUUUGCUCUGUGCAUUUCCGGGAUGGCAAGCCAACAGAUGAGAACCCCCAUCCUGAAUUAAAGCUGGACGCCGAUGAAAAUUCACAUUCAAAACUCGGUGCAAAUGAUCCCCAGUUCAAUAAACUUCACCAGAAGAAUCUUCAGCUGUUUUGUCGUUUAUGUGGAGACAACGAAGGAGUAUCUAUGAAAGUCUGCAGAGCAUAUACAAAAUAUAGAUUUCAAGUGGACAUCUUUUCAUCAAUGGCUAUUGAUGUGAACCAGGAUUCCUGUUUUGUCCAUCCUCGAAACAUUUGUUAUGUCUGUCGAGCAAAAUUAAGUGCGUGGAAGGCCGCUGUACAAAAAGGCAAACCUGCUGAUAUACAAAUACAGCCAGCCAAAUUUUUACCCCAUGACGAGUCCAGUAAAUGUCUCGUGUGUUUGAACUACUCAUUCAGAACCGGCAGACCUCCACAAAAGGCUCCUGCUACCAAUUCAAGCAACUCAUGUUUAGAUAAACCGUCGACAACCAUGGAUGUUUGUAAGGAAAAAGAUGAUGAGAACAAAUUGUAUUUGUUGGACUUUAAGUUGGACAUGGAUGAUAUCAUCUCAUCCACCCUGAAGGAAUUCUGUGAGCCAAAUGAUGAGGAUACAUUGGCCUUUCACUCGGAUCUCUCAAAGUUUUCUCAACAACUUCGAUCUAUUGACCGCAAGACGAAGGAGGUGCGUAAGAUCUACACAGAAUGUUCUGAGAAGCUUCGUAUCUAUCGUGAGGAGCUGGAGGAGGCUGACCGCGAGGAGGAGUUAAAAGAAGCAGCUGCUGAGAUUGAUGCAAAGGAGGCUGCGGAAGCAAACGCCAAGGUUGAUGAUGAGAGUGACGAGGAUGAUGUACAGUUUGUGGCUGCAACCUAUGACCCAUCUGUUAUGGAGAAGAGACAAGUUUUAGCUCACCAAAACAAAAACAUUGUAUCAGCGUUAUCAGCACCAGCAGUAGGGAAAAUGGAACCACUGGCACUGCCGCCAGGCGCUGUAUUGGUGAGAUUGCCCCCUAACAGUCAGCAGGUCCAGCGCAAUUCUAGUCCCUCCCUACAGUCACUGAGGAAUGUCCUACAAGCCACCAUCAACAAGCAAAUACCUGCUGUGGCACAGUUACAGCCGACAACCACUACUGUGGGGGCCCCAGCAAGCCAGGUGGUAAAGUCGAACAGUCUUCAAAAUCAACAACGUAUGGAAGCCCUGUAUAGAGCAGAUGUAGAGAUCAUAGACAUUAGUAGUAAAGUACUCGGGAAGAAAUUUAAUGAUAUCUGGUACAAAGGAACAGUAUCUGACAUCCAGAAUAAAGACAAAACCAUUUCAGAGAGAAAAUAUAGCAUAAAGUUUGAUGGAAAGGGAAAGAAAGUGCUGAGCCCAAAACAUGUUGCCUUCAAAGACUCCUUAGUACGACAGAUUUAUGUGGGCACUCGAGUCAUAGCAUUGUAUCGAGAUGAGGAUUCUACGUCAUCGUAUUAUGCUGGUAUAGUAGCGGAGACUCCCAACGGCAGGAAUCAACAGAGAUAUUUGAUUUUCUUUGAUGAUGGCUAUGCCCAAUACUCCCUGGCAGUGGAUAUCAACAAAGUUUUCUGGCAGAGUGCUAAUGUGUGGGAGGAUAUCCAUCCCGACUCGCAGGAAUUCAUCAAGGAAUACCUCAAGCAAUAUCCACAGCGACCCAUGGUGAGGCUCCAGAAGGGACAGAUGGUGAAGACAGAGUGGAACGGUAAAUGGUGGACAGCUAAGGUGAUGGAAGUGGAUGCCAGUCUGGUGAAGAUGUACUUCCUGGCGGACAAGCGUGUGGAGUGGAUAUAUCGCGGAUCUACCCGACUGGAGCCCCUCUACACAGCCCUGGCUAAUGCCGAGUACAACAAGAGUGCUGGGAAGAUGAAACGUCAUACCAACACGACAGUGGGUAAAACUCCGGUGGUUGAGUAUACUAGAGGUAUCAACGAACCCAUCAGUCAGCAGCCUGCUGCUACAAAUACUCUAUACAUUUCUCAGGCAAACAAAAUUCCAUCACCACAAGUACCAGCCACACUUAACCGACAGUCAUCUGCUGAAAAAAAGAGACCAGUAGCCAGAAAGAGCACAUCAGGGCGGCCGUCAACGGAAUGGGAAGGACCGUGGGUAAAACAGACCAGACCGAGCACUCAGGCGGAGAAAAGUAAAGAAUUUGUUGCCAGUAGUAUUAGCAGUCAGAAAGUUGGAAAGGACAUGGCCAGUGUGUUACAAGAUCGUCUGUCUAAAACUACAGACAACACAGAUUUAGAUGAUGACUCCCUUGGACAGAGAAUGGAAUCAAAACUGCCAUUCAAAGAUCGAGUGAGGAAGAAAUUUAGAACUCACCAUUGCAGUAAAGAUUGUUUGAAGGAUUGUGAUGAUGACCCAUCAAAAUACAAGGGAGGCAACCCACUCCUCAUUCCCCUGUUGUGCGGCUGGGAAAGACACGUGUGUAAAAUGAAGCCCAACCACAAGCGAGUGGUGAUGUAUCGGACUCCGUGUGCCCGGCGACUACGCAGUAUAGAGGAUGUGUUUACAUUCCUAAUGCUAUGUGACUCCCACUUGACCAUUGACAUGUUCUGUUUUGACCCCAUUCUACAUGUACACACAGAAUUUGUUCCGGUCAAGACAUUUUGUGACAUCAAAGAUCUGUCCUACGGUAAAGAAAAUGUGCCAAUAUCUUGUGUAAAUGCUCACGACAGACAAUAUCCCGACUAUGUGGAAUAUUCAAAUGUGCGAAUACCAGCCAAGGGAGUAAAGCUCAACCUCGACCCAGAUUUCCUAGUGUGUUGUAGCUGUACCGAUGGCUGUAGUGACAGAACAAAGUGUGAAUGUCAACAGCUGACAGUAGAAGCCACAGGAAUUGUAGAAGGAGGAAAGAAGAAUCCCAAUGCUGGAUAUGAGCACCGAAGGCUCAAGGAACCCCUUACCACAGGUGUAUAUGAGUGUAACUCCCGCUGUAAGUGUGACAGCAGAUGCUGCAAUAGAGCUGCCCAGAACGGAUUGAAUGUUCGUCUACAGGUGUUUAAAACAGAGAAAAAAGGCUGGGGUUUACGAUGUCUUGAUGACCUUCCCUCUGGUGGGUUUAUCUGUAUCUAUGCUGGACAGUUACUUACGGAGCAGGGUGCCAAUGAGGAUGGCCAACAGUACGGUGAUGAGUAUUUGGCUGAACUGGAUUAUAUGGAGGUCGUGGAGAGACAGAAGGAAGGAUACGAGAGUGAUGCAGAUAUUGAUGAGGGUGUUGGUGGGGACAGUGAUGAAGAUGAUGACAGUGAUAGACACUUCAGUGACAGUGACAGUGAUUUUUCUGCAAAUGGCCAUGGAGAAAAUAUGUCCACAAAUUUGAUGGACAUGGCAAACCCACAUCGUACAAGGUUGUUCACUGGCUCUGAAACAUCAACAAGACUGGAGAAAAAAGAUGAUGAUAAGAAGUCAAUUGGUAAAAUUGUGCUGCGCCGAGACUCGUCACGUUCUGGUAGUAAGGACGAUGAAUGGUAUGCAAGUGGCGACAUAAAGAAGCAGAAUCAACAGAAGGUCAAGGACGGUGAAAUGAGGUCAGUGAGGUUCCAGGAAAAUCCGGAGAAGAACGCUGCGACUGCUGCGUGGGUAAACAAAGUAGACAAUGUUAACCCCAUCACUAUUGACGAUGAGGAAGACAUGGAUACUAGCCAAUCAAAACCUAACCUGAAAAAUUCAGGCUCGGUAGACUCGUUUGGGAUGGACUCUGACUCUCUCCCUGACCUUGACACAGAAGCUACGUCCAAGGAGGACAGUAAGAAAUUAAAUGUGCCACCAGAUAGAAAAGAAGAACCCAAGCCCCCGAUGGAGUUUCCAGACCCACGCAGAACUUGUCUAACAGCACGCAGAAGUACAUCUAAAACAUCACGGUUUAAGAACCUGCCUGACCCAAAAAAGAAGCUACCACCAGAGGAGAACAAGGUGGAGGUGAUAGAGGAAGAUGAGGAGAAAAAGGAUGAGACACCUGGUACCAGGUAUUACUUUCAUGACGGACAAGAAUGUUACAUCAUGGAUGCCAAGUCCAUGGGAAACAUCGGACGUUACCUCAAUCAUAGCUGUACCCCAAACGUGUUCGUACAAAACGUUUUCGUAGAUACACAUGAUCUCCGCUUUCCGUGGGUGACUUUCUUUGCUGGACAAUACAUCCGAGCUGGCACUGAGCUAACAUGGGACUAUAAUUAUGAGGUCGGAAGUGUGCCUGGUAAAAUUCUCUACUGUUACUGUGGAUCUGCUGAAUGUCGUGGAAGGCUCCUAUAGAUGGACUGAUUUGUUCAGGUGAAUUUUGUUUCAGAUUAUGACUAAAAUAAAUGACGUUUAAACAGGCAGACAUAGUAGCUCUAGAAGGAUUUUUCUGUGGAUCUUUAGACAGCUGAUGGCCAAGAUGUAGGUCAUGUACCUCAGUCAUAGGAACAAGGGGCAUGGAUAUGUGUGUAGAAUCAAAUAACAAACUCCAAUAGGAACAAGGGGCAUGGAUAUGUGUGUAGAAUCAAAUAACAAACUCCAAAACGAGAAUUUGGAAUGUUGAUGUAUUUUACACUUCAGUCCAAAUGAUGUUGCAGAGAGCUUUGGACCAAAUCUGGAAACAAGAAAAAGACAAAAAGACUACCAGUCUAGACUACAGGCUGUAUGAGACCUUCUAAAUAGGUUUUUAUAGCACCAAAUGUUUAUAGAACAUCUACAAUAGUUACACUCUCAGGAGUUCUGAUAUUAGUAGAGAGUCUGAAGACUGUGUUUAAAUUUUGUGUAAAUGUUGAAUAAAUGUUAGAAAUGAGAAAUAUUUGUUUCAAGCUAUAAUGUAAGGAAAAGUUUGUGAUCAAGAAUGAACUAGUCAGAUUGUAUGGGAGUGAAUAUGUUGUAAUGGUAAUUGUCACGAUGAGGAUGACGCUGAGUUUACUAGACCAGGUACUAUAUACAAAUUUCCCCUAUUUUUAUGUGACUGGAGAAAGUAAGAAAAAAAAUUGUUUUGUUAUAAAAAAUGAAAACAAAAUGGUUGUAAAAACCAGCAAGUCAUCAAGUUUUUAUUUUGUACACAAUUACAAAUUGUCGGGGGAAAAAAUCCAAGAUUUAGGUUAAAAUAAAAUAUAAUACAUUGUGUGUAUGCAGGUCUUUCAAGUGUUCAUCAAACUGUCACACCAUCAAAUGCAUCCAGAUUACAGAAUCAUGUACAAGAUUGUGAUAAAUUAGAAUGAUCUAUUGUAAAUUAAAGGUUUAUGGUUACCAGAAACUGAGAUAGUCCCUAGGAAUAUUAGAAGGCUCAGUUGUAAAUUGUGUUCAUAUGGACAAGGUGAGGUAACUAUAUUCAUAGGGACAAGGGGAGAUAAUCAUGUUCAGAGAGGCAAAGGGAGAUAACCAUUUUU